AUGGCUCCUACUUUGUCGCAACAAUACCUAAGCACACGAGGUGCUGAGUACGGGCUCUCGUUCGAAGAUGUCGUCCUCAAGGGUCUUGCCAGUGAUGGCGGCUUGUUCGUCCCCGAAGAAAUCCCAACGCUGCCCGCCUCGUGGGAAGCCGAGUGGCGCAACUUGAGUUUCGAGGACCUCGCCUUCGAGAUCAUGAGCCUGUAUAUUUCUCAGGAUGAGAUCCCCGCCGACGAUCUCAAGGACAUCAUCAAGCGGUCAUAUGCUACUUUCCGCCACCCUGAGCGCACCCCAUUGUUCGAUCUCGACUCCAAGCAGGGCCUCUACUUGCUUGAACUUUUCCACGGCCCUACCUUUGCAUUCAAGGAUGUUGCGCUUCAGUUCCUGGGAAACCUCUUUGAGUAUUUCCUUGUUCGCAAGAACCAGGGCAAGACCGGCAAGGAUCGUCAUCACCUCACCAUUGUUGGCGCCACGUCUGGUGAUACCGGUUCCGCUGCUAUCUAUGGAUUGCGUGGAAAGAAAGACGUAUCUGUCUUCAUCACAUUCCCCAAUGGCAGAGUUUCAAGCAUACAGGAAGCUCAGAUGACCACCGUGUUGGAUGCAAAUGUACACAACCUCACCGUGGAGGGAUCGUUUGAUGACUGCCAGGAUAUCGUCAAGGCUCUCUUCGCUGAUAAGGACUUGAACUCCACCCACAAUAUCGGUGCCAUCAACAGCAUCAACUGGGCCCGUAUCCUGGCGCAGAUGACAUACUACUUCUACUCCUAUUUCUCCUUGACCAAGUCCUCGUCUUUCGUGCAGGGCUCCAAGGUCCGCGUCGUCGUCCCCUCUGGUAACUUCGGCGAUAUCCUCGCUGGCUGGUUCUCCAAGCAGAUGGGUCUCCCCGCCGACAAGCUCGUCAUCGCCACCAAUGAGAACGACAUUCUCGACCGCUUCUUCCGCAGCGGCGGCCACUACACCAAGAAGGCUCUCGACGCCUCCACCGACGGCGUCAAGGAAACCCACAGCCCCGCCAUGGACAUUCUCGUCAGCAGUAACUUCGAACGUCUCCUCUGGUUCCUCGCCUUCCGCAGCGCCAACGGCAACACCGACUCCGAACGCCGCCAGCACGCCUGUGAGAGUGUCAGUAAGUGGUUGAACGAGCUCAAGUCCCAAGGCGGCUUCCAGGUCCCCGCCGCUGUUCUCGACGGUGCCAAGGCCGACUUCGAGAGUGAGCGCGUCAGCAACGAUGAGACUAUCUCUACUAUUCGAGACAUAUACUCUUUCUUGCAAUGGCUAUGUCCUCGAUCCUCACACUGCUGUCGGCAUCGCGACUUCUCGCCGCUCUAUCCAGCCGCCGUCGACCUUGCUCUGCGCGCUGAGAAGGGCUAUGACUUCACUACCAUCCUGCCAGAGGAAUUCAUUGGUCUUGAGCAGCGUGAGCGUCGCGUUAUUGCCGUUCCGGCCGGCGCGGGCUGGGAGGGUGUUAAGGAAAUUGUUAAGGCCGAGGUUGAGAAAGAGCUGCAGGGUUUACACUAA